AUGGAAGACCACGUCUAUGAUUUGCAAUUAGUGAGCUUACUGCUAUGUGGAGCAGUCUUGUGUUUAUGUGUAGAACUCAUCAUUCGAGUCGUCUUUAUACUUGUCAAUCAAAAAUCAUGGACAUUGCGAAUUCUAAAAAUCAUUAUGGCAGUAUCUAUGUUGAUAAAAACCGGGAUUUUUUCAGCAUUCAACUCAAGAUCACUCCAAAUGCAUUGCUUAAUAGUGGGUAGAAUAGGUGAUUUAUUCUUGCAUACAAGUGCCACUGCUGGAUUAGCCAUCUUACUCUUAAGAAUUAUUGCCAUUGCACCCAUUCAAUAUCAGACCUAUAUCAUGUCAUUUCAUGUGUUUUUGCUCUUCUGUCGAGCUGUUAUUGGCCUGGCAGAUGUCAUGACCAUUCAUGUAGUUGAAGAUAAAGUUGCCGGUAUUUGCCGCUUCCAAUACGUGCAUGCAGUUGGCUUACUCUACAAUGCGUAUGAUUCAGCCGUUGAUAUCUAUGUCAGUGUCCUAGUAUCUUUACUUUUAUACCAACACAUUAAAAAACUGAAUAUAUCAGGCUAUAAUGAAAGCAUGAACAUGUGUACAUCUGUCAUUUUAUCCAACGUAAUUCGAGCUGCGAUUCUAUCUGUCACUAACUUGGCUUCCGCUUUGAGCUACAUUUACAUUAGCGAUAAUCCGUUUACUUCUUUUGUCAUUUGGCCCUUUGCCAAUAUUCUUUUUGUCACGCUGAUUGGUUACGAUACCCAAAUCACAAAUGCACUGAAGCAACUCAAAAAGUAUAAAGCAGAAAAAGAAAAAGAGACACACAUUGCUUUGUCAGGAAGUUACCCAACAGGCUACAUGUCAUCUAUUUCUCAGCUGCCCUUUUCAUUACACCAUGGUACACCGCAAUCAUCAAGGCCUGUUUCAGGUGCGACAGAACACACUGAUAACAGUUUAAUGAUCGUCCAAAGCAUUGAUAGUAUGCCAUACAAUGAUUCCCAUGCAAGCAACAAAGAGCUUGUUUAG